GGGAGGGAGGGGGAGGGCAGCUCUGGACGGGGCAGCGGGGGCAGCGGGGGCAGCAUGGGGGACGGGGAGGAGAAGGCGCCGCGGGGCUUCGCGCGGAAGGGCGCCCUCAAGCAGAAGAACGUGUCGGAGGUGAAGGACCACCAGUUCGUGCCCAGGUUCUUCAAGCAGCCCACGUUCUGCAGCCACUGCACCGAUUUCAUCUGGGGCGUGGGGAAGCAAGGCUACCAGUGCAAAGGUGAGCGACACGCCGCUUUGUGCGCGCGCGCGCGCGUCUCACUCUGUGCGCGUGGGUGUGAGCGGGGAGCGGUGGCGCAGCGAUUAGCACGCUACGGGAUUUAUUUCUCAGGCCUGGACAGCUCCAGUUGA